CCGUCGCAGCAGAAAACGUUCCUUAUGAUAAUUUGAUCAAUUCAUUUUAACUUUGGCUAGAAAUGAACAGCGUUUAUAUCUGAUUUUUGGUGAAAACAAAACUUACAGGUUUCAAGGUCCCUAAGGCUGAAUAAUGUCCGAAAAUGAAGGGUUUAUGAUGUCAAAUUUGGGCCUCAGCAGCGAUGUAGGGAGUGUAUCAUCGAUAUCAAGCAUCAAGAGUCUCAGGGCUCCGUUAAUUAAGAUGAAGUGUAAUAACAAGGUUAAUAGCAAAUGUGAAAUCCAACAAAAAAUUACUGAAUCAGUGGAGAAAAAUCUAUGUCGACGCGUCGGUUUGGGUCAGGCAUGCCGGGAUGGACGGGAGGAUAUUGUGGGAAGGUUAUUGAGAGGCAAAAUGAACACAAUCAAUAACAUUGACGAAGAUGGUAUGGCUGCACUUCAUUACGCAGCAAGAUGCAAUCGCGUCGAGAUUCUUAAAAUGCUGCUCCGAGCUGGCGCAGAUAUUGACGUUAAAGGAUCGUCAAAGAUUCACGCAAUGACCCCCCUGCUUUGUGCUGCAAAGUUCAAUGCUAUCGAAUCAUCCAAAGUACUGAUUCGGGAGGGUGCAAGCGUUAGUGCUAAGAAUUGUUACGGACAAACUGCCCUGCAUCAUGCAGUACGCAGACAAAACAUUAAAAUUGUUGAGCUUCUUCUGACCGAAGGCAAAAUGGACGUCAAUGUUGUUGACAUCGACAAGACAACAGCUCUACACAUUGCUGCACAUGUUGGAGAUGAAAUGUCUACCAAAUUGUUGUUGUUUCAUGGCAUUGAAAUCAAGGCUCAAGAUAACGAUGGUUUCACGGCUUUUCACGUCGCCGCAAGAGAAGGAAAGAAUGAUGUUCUGCGAACUCUUCUCCAAACAGGUACUGAACGUAGACAGGCUGUUUCUAUGCGAACUCUUCUCCAAACAGCUCGAGAUCACAAGAUGGACACAACAAUGCUGCUGGAUAUGCCAGAUAACUAUGGCAACACGUGUUUACAUCUCGCUGUCAAGCACGGUCGAUGUUCGACUACACAAAUCUGCCUUAAUUUUGGAGCAUCACUGUGUGUUUGGGAGUCAUCUUCUCUUCAAACGCCUCUGCAUUUUGCCGCUGUAUCCGGGAACCUGUGUGUCUUGAGAGCACUAUUUGAAGGAAAAGAUUUGGAUCUUCAUGCAGAAGAUGGCGACGGGAUGACUCCAGUUCUAAGAGCGUCACUAGAAGGCAACCGGGAUGUCAUUGAGUACUUGCUUGAUCAGGGCGCCCACGUGAACGCACCACCCAACACAGGGUUCCCGUCGCCUUUGAUGUGUGCAGUUAAAAGAGAUCAGCACAAGACGAUGAAGUUUUUGCUGUCCAAAGGAGCGCAGGUUGAUCAGAUUGAUACACAAUGGCGGAACUGCCUUCAUAUCGCUGCUGCCUGCUCUGACCCCAAAACACUCCGUAUUCUACUGGAGAAAGAUACAAAGCAUCUUGUAGGAAAACGAGAUGCUUAUGGUAAAACACCGCUGCAUUACGCGGCUUUACGAUGCUCCCACGUUGGCAAGAUCAUUCAGCUCUUGACUGAUGCAGGUGGCCUUGUGAUUUCAUGUGAUAAUGAUGAACGCAUACCUUUACAUUACGCGGCAAGAGCUGGCAUUGUGGUUAGCACUCGUUCUUUACUUGAAGUCUCUCCAGAAAGUCUCAACUGCGCUGAUACCCUCUCACAAACUCCUCUUCACGUUGCGGCGGCCAAUGGACAAGCAGAAGUCUGUAGACUUUUACUGGAGAACAAAGCAGAAGUUGAUUACAGAGAUGAUUUGCGUCUGACGCCGUUGUUUCACGCUGUGAUACACGGUUGUCCUCGAACCAUCAGGGUUUUGGUGGACUAUGGAGCAGAUAUUGAUGCUGUCGAAAAAUCCAGGAAAACUCCACUUAUUGUGGCUGCUUUCGAAGGGAAAAUCGAUGCUUUUAAGACAUUAUUGGAGUGCGGCGCGGAUAUAUCAAUCGUAUGUGGCACGGGAUUUAACGUACUGGACGCCGCCCUGGCUCAAGACCAGCUAAAUAUCUGUACAGAGAUUGUUAGGCAUGAACGAUGGCGUGACGUCAUGGGAAAUCUGAAAUUCAAUCAAGUGUCGCCUAUGAAACGAUUGAUUGAAAAGUUUCCAAGUCUUGCAAAGGUCGUGAUGGACAAGUGCAUAACUGAAUCAACUAGUAUAGAAACAGACAAGAACUAUGCGAUAGAGUACGAUUUUCAGUAUUUAUGUCCAAAGCCAGGAGAAGAAAUAGAUUCUGAUGGCAAAAGAUACUUCGGUCCAAAGCUCAUGUUAGAAAAUGAACGGGAAGAUUUAUUGCGUCAUCCUCUGACCAAAUCACUCAUGGCAACUAAAUGGCGAAGUGUUGGCGUAAAUUUCUUCUAUAUUGGUUUUGUGAUCUACUCGAUGUUUGUGGGGUGUCUUUCGCAUUACAUGUAUUGUAUGCACAAAUUUGACAUGAAUAAAGCAACCGGUGUUAUUGUAAAAACACAUUGCAGCAAGGAUUCGAUCUACAUUAGCGAAAUUGUUCUGGUCUCUUUCUCAGCAUUAAACCUUCUAUAUGAAUGCUAUCAGCUCUACACUGAGCGUUCUAAAUACUUUGACCUGACCAAUGUUCUCCAAGUGAGUACCUACGUGUGUGCCAUUAUCGCUGUGUACCCAGUGAACGGAGAUAGGGAAAUAUGUGGCAUGGCAGGAUGGAAUGCAGGCGUUAUUGGUGUUCUAUUAUCCUUUCUUACUAUUCUACAAUACAUCCAAUGUCUACUUAGCGCUGGAAUCUACGUAACCAUGUUGUUCGAAGUCCUCAAGUCUCUCCUUAAGGUGUUGGCGAUGUUUUCUCUUUUGAUAGUUGGUUUUGGACUUGUGUUUGUUUACGUAAUGGACGGAAGUCCUCCUUUUAACAACUACUGGGGAGCGAUGAUCAAGGUUUUUGCUAUGACAAUUGGAGAAAUUGAUUAUUCCACUUACUUUGUGCAAGGGAAUGGUCCCAAACGAUACACACUCGCUUUAGGCGUGUUCCUGGUCUUCUCGCUCUUAAUGCCUAUCGCUCUAAUGAAUCUACUGAUUGGUCUGGCUGUUGGCGAUAUCGACUCUGUGCAAAACCACGCUGAACUUAAAAUGAUGUCAACAGAGAUUGAAGUUGUUUACGAGUUUGAAGAGAAAAUGCCGGUAAUGCUUCGAGAACGAUUGCACAAAAGCAAGCUUGUUGUUCAUCCCAACAAGCAACAUGGAUUGAAGGUGUUAAAGAAAUAUCUAGGACAAAUUGGAACCGUACAAGAGAUAGUUCGUCUGAGGAACGAAUCUGUCGAUAAGGACAACACUCGCAGAGAUUUACUAAUAAACAGGAUUGUCAAUCAAGUGGAUAUCACCGGAGAGAGGAUCAAUGAAAUAACCAAGCAACUUGAAGAUCAUCGCAUUCUUCUYGAGGGUAUCGUGUCUACCCUAACUGUCGACAAAACUGUUGAAUCUCAAACCAGUCAAGAAGAAGAAGACCAAAAGGCUCUACUUGAAAUGAAAUCCAUACUAGGAAGACUUUAAAACAACACUUCUUAAUUCAUCAAACUGUACAUACACUAUGUUGACACGAAGAUCGAUCAUGCAGAAUAAUGAAACAGAAUAGAGCAAUAGUUCCCAAAUGAAAAUAUGUAAGACAUAUAAGUACCUUAUGCGAGAAAAGGAUCGUUCAUUUUCAUUGUCAGAAGUACAUAACCACUUCUGGUUAUGUUCUUUUGUCAUUGUACAAGACAGCGUACACUAAGUUAUUAAUUCAUUAURUUCAAUUUUGUCUUUUGAAUAUUAACUUAGAAUAAUAAAUAAAUUCAACAUAAAA